UUCUCACUCGCCGACGGUUUGCUUCAUCUGAUGAUUCCGUUUACCACGGUUCGGUCUGCUUGACAACCACACAUCUAUCAAAUUCGACGGUCCGGUGCGGUGUGCAUGCGGUAUCGGAACUUGAGGGUGUGUGUCUCCUGGGUGUUCUGCCACCAUGUGGUUCUAAUCCCAUCGCAUCGGCCCAAAAGACAAAGGGGGCAUGAACACCAUCCACACCUCCAUGAUCCCAUCGCCAAACUUGCGACGACUCGCGCAUUUCAACUCGUCGGCAAAAAUUUUGCCCCAGGCCUUAUUUUUUCGGUCAUACACCAGCACAUUGUUUCCUUUGCACAUGUUUCACCCGCAGCGAUUCGGUCUCUAGACCGUUGAGCCUUCUUGGUCAAUGAUGUACGCUGCAAGCCUGCAAAAGAGAGACUUGUGAGCGGAGCCGCCAACGCUUUCUUCGUGUUUUCCUCGGUGGUAUGUAGAUCUUUGGCGAUACCUGGCUUGCGGGUACAUUUCC